AUGGAUAUGAUUAAUGUGAUUCUCAAUAUUCUUCUUCCCCCUCUUACCCUCAUCCUCCUCUUCCUCUUUUACCCAUUUUAUCUUGUCAUCAAACUUCUGAAUUGUGUACGCAAGCAUCUUUGCGUUAAAAAUGUCGCCGGUAAAGUAGUUCUCAUCACCGGAGCUUCCUCCGGCAUCGGAGAGCAUGUUGCAUAUGAGUAUGCGAAGAAAGGAGCAUAUCUAGCUCUGGUUGCUCGGAGAGAAGAUCGUCUACAGACAGUAGCAGCAACAUCAAGACAGUUAGGUUCACGUGAUGUUAUUAUCAUACCUGGUGAUGUUACUAAGGUUAGUGAUUGCAAGAAGUUCAUCGAUGAGACGAUAAGUCAUUUUGGAAAACUGGACCAUUUAGUUAAUAAUGCUGGUGUAUCUCAAACUGUUUUGUUUGAGGAUUUCCCACAGAUUCAAGAUGCUAAUCCUAUAAUGGAUACUAACUUCUGGGGCUCAACGUACAUCACUUAUUAUGCAAUUCCCCAUCUACGGAAAAGCAAAGGGACAAUAAUUGUGGUAACUUCUGCUGCUGCAAAGAUGGCUGUUCCAUUGGCAACGGUCUAUUCUGCAAGCAAAGCAGCACUGUUAGGAUUUUAUGAGGCACUAAGAGUUGAGCUCAAUCCGGAUAUAGAAGUAACAAUUGUUAUUCCCGGGCUAAUCUCAACGGAUAUGUCAACUCCCGAGUUUAUCAAAAGAUUUGGUUCAGAUUGUAUAAUAUCGCUAUCAGUGAGUAGAUGCGCAAAAGCAAUAUUCCAAGGUGUGUGUAGAGGAGAAUCAUACAUAGAAGAACCAAGUUGGAUCAAGAGUUUCUUUUUAGUAAAGAAACUGUGCCCUGAAGUAACCAGCUACAUCUUCAACUAUUCUUUCCUCCAUUUUCUCAAACCUUAUUUCAAGCGUGACUGA